AUGCUUCAACAACAUCCUUCUAUGGACGGACGCGAACAGAACAAAGCGCCUUUGAAAGAAGAAAUCGAUGCACUACGCGUCACACUCUCACGUGAAGAGCGCCUUCUCCAAGUAAUCUCGUCAGAGAUUGAGACAGUAACACUUGAACAUGCCAAAGCGUCGCAUGCGCUCUCGCUUGCCCAAGCCGCACUGGACGCCGCUGUACUUGUAUACCGGACAAGUGAAACGAUGCUCAGUGGGCUAAAGGCACAGCACGCUCAGCUUAGUGAAAACGUUCAUGACAAAAGGGCGGCACUACAUCCAAUUCGACGGGUUCCCGAGGAAUUAUGGAAGGAUAUAUUCACUAUUUGGGUGGACGAAGAAGAGAAAGAGCGAGUAUCCAAGUUGGAUACACACGUUCAGGCUGAUCUCAGCAUUCCUGCGUCCUUGGUGGCGGCGUCUGUCUCCAGCUUUUGGCGUAAGACGGCGCUUUCAACACCGAGUUUGUGGCGAUUCAUCACGAUACCAAAUCAACCUCUUUCCGAGAUUAAGGCUCAUAUCCACGAGUGGGCAAAACGGUCGGCACCAAGAAUCGUCUCACUAAUACUAUGGAAUGUUGGUCGUGAAAGUUGGUCAAAGGACCCAGCAUUACCCACCUCCCUGGAUGGUCUUCGCUACGCUCUUUCUUCCCUCAAAGAUCGUAUCGGUAGAAUAGAGGUUCACUUUCAACGGUCUACUCCCGCCCCAGCUGUACAGAUAUUUAGUGCCGUUAUGAAAAUAUGGCUCGAAUAUACAAGUAUCAUACCCGAGAGUCUCUCCGCACACUCCUCCCUUAUUCCCGACCGGACUUUCCAACUCCACCGACUGAAAAAUCUCCACACUCUUACUCUCCGGAACCUCUUUUGGAAUACACCAAGUGGCCUCAAAAGCCUUCGAGUACUCAAGAUAGAAUCGAUCUUUAUGGAAACAGAUGUCAAUUCGUUUCGCCACCUCCUCGCUAACUCAAAGGAAUUGGAAGAGGUUGAAUUCUUGACACUUGCUUCGACCGCACACCCAAUUAUCCCGCCUGGAGGAAUCGUCGACUACCCACGUCUCAAAAAGCUCUCUGUCUGUCCUCGAUGGCUCGCGACGGUGCACGAAGACCUUUCUCAAGUGCUUACUCUCCCUGCACUUCGAACUCUCCGCCUUAUUGCAUGCCAAGUCGCCCCUUUCUCCUCUCGGGAAGCCGAUGCUGUUUCACGUUUCAUCGCUGACGUCGCGCCUACGGUUGAGGAACUUUAUUUCAACCUCCGCGGUGAACUCUUCCAUACACAAAUCCUCAAUACCCGCGCCGCUAUUACCCGCCUAGAGCUAGUGAAUACCGAGGUUCCCAUCGAGAUCAUUGAACGACUGACCAACCCCAUCUCGGAGGGAAACAGUGCUUCCAUGGGGGGAGCCUCCCUCGGCUCUCCUACCUCGACGAUUAGCAUGGGGAGUAAUGCAUCGCGUAGAUGGGUACUCCCACACUUAGAGGAGAUUCGCUUCGAAGACUGUGAUUUACCGCCGGAGAUCGAACGUGCUCUCGCUCAGCUUGUCGAAGUUCGCGCAGAAGUUACCCCAUAUCUACGUGGGAACGCGAAUGCAAAGCUGGGACGAGUGAGCGUGCGAAGAAAUAGUAUGACCGCUUGGCAAUACCCUGUCGUAUGGACUUGA